GCGGGGGUGAGACAAGUCUUGCUGCUGCUUUUGGGGAGGGGGAGGGAGGCCCGAACCUGGGUUCACCCAAGCACAGGGCAGGGAGCAACCUUACUCCCGCAGUUCCACAGGAGGGAGGGCAGGAGGCUGGGGGGCGCCCUAGUAACCCGGGCGCCCAGCCCUGGCACCACCUCGCUGCGGGGCUGGCAUGUGGGACUCGGGGGAAAUCCACGCCAUAAAUGUCAUUUCCACGGGCUCCGAGGCUCGCGUCCGCGUGGGGCGAGGCCGCUGCAGGGGCGGCCGUCGUCCCCCUCCCCCGCAGGGGGCGCUGUGGGCGAGCCCGCGCCCCGCACCGCGUCCCCGGGGAGGGGCCGCCGCGCCGCCUCCGCGCCGCACACCCGGAAGACGCGCCGGCCGCUGGGAGCGCGCCUGCCCGGCCCGGCCAUGCAGCCCCUGGACGUGGGUCCGGCGCCCGCUGCCGCGGGGGAGCCCUGGCUGAGCCGCUGGCUGCGGAGAGGCAGCGGGAUCCUGGCGCACCUGGUAGCUCUCGGCUUCACGGUCUUCCUGACGCUGCUGUCUCGGCCGGGAACCAGUCGGUUCUCCUGGCACCCGGUAUUCAUGGCCUUGGCGUUCUGCCUUUGCAUGGCUGAGGCCAUUCUCCUCUUCUCGCCUGAGCACUCUCUCUUCUUCUGCUGCUCCCGGAAGACCCGGGUCCGACUCCACUGGGUCGGCCAGGCCGUCACCAUCCUCUGUGCAGCCCUGGGCCUAGGCUUCAUCAUCUCCAGCAGGACCCGCAGUGAGCUGCCCCACCUGGUGUCCUGGCACAGCUGGGCAGGGGCUGUGACACUGGUGGCCACGGCCGGGCAGGCACUGUGUGGGCUGUGCCUCCUCUGUCCCCGGGCGGCCAGGGUCUCAAAGGUGGCUCGCCUCAAGCUCUAUCAUCUGACCUGCGGACUGGUGGUCUACCUCCUGGCCACGGUCACAGUGCUCCUGGGCAUGUACUCAGUGUGGUUCCAGGCCCAGAUCAAAGGCACCGCCUGGUACCUGUGCCUAGCGCUGCCCCUCUACCCGGCGCUGGUAAUCAUGCACCAGAUCUCUAGCUCCUACUUGCCAAGGAAGAAAACAGAAAUGUGAAUCCCUCCCACCUUCGAAUCUAGGCAUAACAAGGGCUUUGGACUUGACUGUCGCUACAGAGAAGCCCUGUGAGAAGGGGUAGGUUUAUUAAGACGUCGUAACUGAGCCCGGGGCUACAGAAACCCAGACUCUUGGUGGAGAAGGGCUUGGUGGGUGAGAUGGGAACUGGAACCGUGGUGGGGACGUGUGGAGUGUGGGCAGUUAUGAGGAACUUGAUGCCUCCUCUUUUGGUGGGAGAUGGGGUGUGGGGUGGUGGUGGUGAUGGGGUUGACCGUCACUUCUCCCUUGCAUGCCUGAGGAACUGGGUUCCUGCAGCCUAUGAGCAGCAGCUGUGUUUUUGACAUCACUUUGCAGAAAGCAGUGUGACAUCAUGGAGCAUCUCGGGGCCUUGUGUGGCAUCGCAGCCCCCAUAGGCACAUCAGGACCCGAGCUCCCUUAUCUGUCAUCAGUGUUCCUGAAGCAUCUCCAGCAUGCAGCAUUGGUCACACUGAUGUCACAGAGUACCUCCCAGCUCUGAGCCACAGGCUGGACUGUGCUGGCAACUCAGGGUGUAUUUCUCACAUCCAUGGGAUAGUUGGUUCUACAUCUCAUGGGAUAGUUGGUUCUGCCCUUCCAGGUGGCCUUCCAAGAGUCUGUACUGACUUGGCCACUGGCCUGGGGCACAUGGGAUCAGGCACAGUAGAAGAGAUCCAGGUGAGGGUCUCCCAGCUGCUGGGCAGAGAAGGCACUAAGGUCACUUUAAUGCUGUUAGGGGAGCAAAAGGGGAUUUCCUUUGGCAGGCUGUGCCUGCUCCUGUCAGCCUAGCCCAGCUGAGAAGGCCCUUCAGCCGCCCCUCAGGAGCUGGGCACCAGGCUGCAGACAGGGCUCUGACCUCUGUCCCUGCCAGUGGCUGAACCACUAGAGCAUCUCACGCUUCGUACUGCUUGGGGCUCAGCUUCUUUGUUUUCAUUCUGAUUUUGGGACCACAUCUGACAGUGCUUACUCUUAGCUCUGCACUCAGGGAUCACUCCUGGCAGCUCUCAAGGGGACCAUCUAGGGUGCUGGGAAUCAAACCCGGGUCGGUUGCUUUGCAAGGCAAGCUCCUUCCCUGCUGUAUUACCUCUCUGGUGGGACUCAGCUUCUUGCCAUAGUGUAUCACCUCCAAGGAGCUACAUUGUGUCCUUUAUCAUAAAAUAAGGACCAGGGAAAUGAACGAGUCUUCCUGAUGCCCUUUCUCACCUUGUCAGCUCAAUUUUCCUCACUUGUCAUCUCUGUGGCCUGUGGGGGGCUGAGUUCAGUGCCAGCUGGCCAGUGGGGGCCAGGCCGUCUUUCCUGCAGACACCCUCCUUGUUCCAGAAGGCCAGUCAUUCCCCAGACUGCCCUCUGGUGAGGGCUGGACGCCAGAUGGUGAGCUGUGGUCUGUCUGGCAAGGACAGCAGACAACGACGAGCCAGGGAAAGUGGGUGUUGGGAGGCAGCUCAGGGGGAACCAAGUGAGGGGGGGGGAACCUGAUGUCCUUUGGUGCAGGGGCUGUGCCCAGGAAGCCUCCCCGCAGAAGCAAAGGAGGUGGGCCUGCUUCCAGGCUUCAGAAACCGGAGCCCUGGGAGGGCCUCAUUGAAGCUCCUUGGGUCUGAUGGCAUGUCCACGGGCCUCAGGGAGUGGGAGCUGCCAAAGGGGGCUCAGAGAGGGUCACUGUCCCCUUCCCUCACCCUGCUCGGGGAGCCCUGAGAGCCUGAGCUUGUGAGGGCAGGCCUGGGUUCUCUCAGCGGGGUUCCUGUCCCCACGGGGUGUAUGUUGGGGGGAGGAGUCUCUGCCUGCCCCGCCCCCCAGGCUCCUGCCGAGGUGUCGCCGCCUCCCAGGUGGUGCGGGGGCUGGCGGGCGGGCAGGCGGGCUGACAGCCGGCAGUUUGCGGGGGCUGUGCCAGCUGAUGUCUAUUCCCAGCCCUCGGAGGAAGGGGGAAGUCAUUUAUAUUCUGCAGGAGGCAGGCGCCCCAGCUGUCACCCCUCUGACCGCACAGGGCACCGGGCGGAGAGGCGGGCUUCCCGCGGGUCCCCUCUCAGCUGGUGCCAGGCAGCAGGGGCUGUCCUCCCCACCCCACCCCUACCGCGAGGGGGCUGGACAGAUGGGAGGCCCCUUCCCUCCAGCGCCACCUGCCCUCUCAUCUUGGGGCAGCAGCUGUACCCCCGUUGGACCUCAAUGCCAGCACUGGGAUCUUACUGGAGCUGGGAUAUGGGGGGCCUCGGGACCUGCAUGCCUCCUGCUGUGUCCUUCCCCAACACCCUGGUUCACCCGCCCUGCCUGUGUCUCCUCAGCAAGCAGGCAGAGGUGGAGGGGCUGGGCGGGGAACAAAAGCUGUCCCUUUGCCCUUGUCUGGUAGUUAGGGCACACUGCCUGUUUUGCCUUAAAAAAAAAAAAAACCAAACAAAUCCAGGAUGCUCACAUUAAAAAAAAAAAGGUCAUUUGCACAAAUUUGCAUAUCAGACUCACUAAUUCUUGAUUCCAAGUAUGAUUUGAUUCAGACUCAACCUUGAGGCUAUUAGAAAUAGAGCCGGCUUUUGUAUCCAGACCCAAACGGUGCAAGGAUGAUGUGCUGGGUUCAGAUUCCCACCCCCCUCUUCAGCCGCCCCCUUUCCUAGAGCCACCACGGGCGCAGUAUAGGCAGACAGUAUCCGAGGGCCUGGGGGCAAGCUUCCUGCCCUGUCCUCCCCCCUUCCCAGGGCAGACCCCUCCAACACUGGCCAGUCCCUUCUCAUUGGCCCCACCCUUCCACCCCCUCCCCCCCCCCAUUGCUGGGAUGGGCCUUGUUUUUCAAACCUCACUGUGGGAGAUCCAGGCAUCCUCCUGAGCCAGCUGGCUGCAGCGCCAAGGCCUGUUCCCGGUUAAUAAUAAUCAUUAGCUGAGCAGUGCCGGGCCUUUCAGCUGUAGAUCUCUAAGCACUAGCUGGCUGACUCAGCCAGCUCUCACCUUCCCCCUCUCCCAGGGCUGUCUGGUGUCACUGAGCAUCACCCCACAGGGAAGUGCUCUGGGAGGAGCAGUGGGACUGCAGCGAGUGACUGCAGUUCCUCUCCAGCUUUGUGCCUGGCAUGGGGCUAGAUGGGAAAGACUCUGCCUGCUCCGGGGAUUGGCGGAGCACAGGCCACAGCUGCUGACAUGACCCACUGGUGACCCCGCCCCUCCAGAGGCACCCCUGGGCCUCAAGGCCCUACUGUAGCAAUUCAGGAGCUGUAGCAGGCUUAGCGGGCAGAGUCUUGGGUGGGUUCUGGCUGCCCUGUGUGGUGGGCAGAAAAAGAACAUGCCUUAAGACAUGGGAAGUUGGGCAGGAGAGAUAGGACAGUGGGUAGGGCGCUAACCUUGCGUGCAGCUGACCUGGCAUCCCAUAUGGUCCCCCGAACACUGCCAGGAGUGAUCCCUGAGCACAGCUGGGUGUGUCCCCCCCAAAAAAAAUAAAUGUGGAAAGCAAGCACUUUGACCUGGGAACUAGGAAAUCAGGGUCUCCUCAGGACUCUUCCUCGUACCCCUCCACCCCUGGUAUUUACAGGGGCAAACCAUGUACUCCCGGGGAUCUUGUGAGGACUGGAUCACCACACACACGGACUCAGUCACUCAGACGCUGAUGCCAGUGCACGAAUGUCAUUGGGGCUGUAGCCCUGCUCCUGGCUCUUGGCCCCUUGCCCCACCUCCAGCCAGGCUGUGCAGCUCCCUCUUGCUCUUGGGAGGGGAGCUGGUUCGUUCCCAGGUCUCACAGAGGCUGUGUUGGGGGAGUCCGUAGCAUCUCUUAGCUGCCAGUGCAGCUGUCAUCCCAGAAAUGCCCAGAUGCAGGAGGCUUUCCACUGAGGGACUGCAGCAAAGAUGACAAGUUUGGCAAGUUUGUGGGAAGUGGUGGUCACAGCCUCUCUAACCCUCUGCUGCCUGACUGCUCUUCACAAGGUGGGCAAUGAGAAGCAUAGGUAAGGGCUGUGGUCCUGCCACCCUGUCCCUCGGUCCCUCUGUGACAACCAGUGCAGAGCUGCAGCACGCUCACUGGCUUCUUUUUCCAGAGUCCUAUCAUCAGAACCUGCUCUUGGGGGGCUAGGGACUUGGUACAGGAGUCAGGGCACAUGCCUUGCAACCGAUGGAAAUUACCCUCGUUCGAUCCCUAGCACAAUGUGGUCCUCCCAAGCAUCUCUGGGUAUAGCUCCCUGGUCACAGUUGCAGUGGCCUGGGUAGCCCUGGGCACUUUGUCCUUGGCCCUCACUCUGAAAUCCCCCACACAGCUGCUGAGACUCACUGGGAUGUCUGUGGUCACUCUGAGCACUGCUUGGGCAGCCCCCUCCUGGGAAAAAAAUUAUUGGCACACACCUAACCCUUGGCUCAGCCAUGGAAGACUGCCAUAGGCAGGGAGGAGAAGGCUACUUUUCACCCCAUGUCUGAGGACACAGCGGCCCGUCCUCCUGCAGUGGACACCUAGGCGAGGCAGCAACAGCAAAGGCUCUGGGACUUCUGGCUCCUUUUCUGUUCGAAUUGUUUCAUUCCGUCCUGGGAUCCAGGAACAGAAGAACCAGACGCCGUUUGCACAGCCCCGCCAGGUCUCCCCAGCAUGUGCCUGAGAGGCCAGCCAGGCACUGGCUGCAGUCCAGCCUUCUCAGUGCCCUGCCAGACUAUAAGCAGAUGCAGGCCGCCUUACGCAGGCCUGCCUGCCCCUGCCCCACCCCCCUCAGGGGGUCCAAGAAUAGAAGCCCCGGUUUGGAAUCCGCCUGCAGUCAUCGGAAUCUCCCAGAUGAUUCUUUAACCUGCCAGAAGCAGAGAAUGUCUGGACUUAAGACCACAUAUCUAUGUAGACAUGGGACGGCCUCUAGCCUCCUACUUCGUUCCCACUCUGUGUGGCACUUCCUGAGGGUCCCCCAGCCUCCGCUCAGACCCACACCAACAGCAAACGGUGGCCAAGUGUGGGGGCUGGGCAUGGGGCAGCAACUCCCCUCCCUGUGUGCAUUGGACACAUAGAUGUGCGGCCCCGCCUAAGUUUGAGGUCAGUGCUGGAGAGUCCUGGACAGUGCUCUGCAGGUUCCAUACUCUGGCACACUGGCAGUUGCUUUCUCUGGCAUGGUUCCAUGCCCUCAGGGGUUCCGGGGCAGUAGCCAGAUGGACUAGACUGGAAGGCCUAGUGGGGCCUCCCUAGUGGGAGCGGGAGUAUGGCUUACCUAUGAUCUUUACCAGUUUCUAUCACAGUAGCUUUAGCUUUCCUCUCUCAAGGCCAGGAGAGGAAGCAGCCAGCAGGGGCUUGCUGUGGCCAGACCACAAAAGCCAACCUUCCUAGGCAUGGGCUGAGCCUUCCCUGCUAUGUGGAGAGGAAAAAUGCAGCUUCCCCUGCUGACUUUCUGAAAGACAGGAGAAGUGGAACAAGAAUUGCAUUUGCUGAAAGGAAAGAAGUUAAGAGAUGCGGUGGUGGGGACAGAGCAAUAGUACUGUUGGGAGGGCUUUGCCUUGCACAUAGCCAACCCAGGUUUAAUUCCUGGCAUCCCAUAUGGUCCCCGUGAAAUGCUCGGAGUAAUUCCUGAGUACAGAGCCAGGAGUAACCUCAGCAUUGCCAGGUGUGACCCAAAAAGCCAAAUAAAAAAAAAGAGAUGAGGUGGGAGAUGGACCCACCUGGCCCCUGGACUUUCAGCUCCUGUCCUAAAAGCAGUUGUUGGAAGGACCUUCUCCACCCCCCUGAAUUCAGCAGGCCAAAGGCUUCAAGACAGCAGGCAAAACUGCAGAGUUUAGCUCACUAUCUAGGGAACUGCGGGGUGGGAGGGCUGGGGGCAGGGAGGGCAGGCAAAAGAGAAGUGGCCAUACGUUUCGAUGGGAUGGAGGGUGGGGGAACAGAAUGUUGCAGGUUUGGAAACUAGGUCAGGGUCUAAGAUUUGGUACUGGUUUGGACUGGAGCGAUAGUACAGCCAGUAGGGCAUAUGCCUUCCACACAGCUGACCCAGGUUUGAUGCCCGGCACCCCAUCUGGUUCCCCAAGCACCGCCAGGCGCAAUUCCUGAAUGCAGAGCCAGAAGUAAACCCUGAGCAUUGCCAGGUGUGACCCCUCCCCACCAAAAAAAAGAAAAAAAAACUUAAAAAAAUAGAAGAUUCGGUACUGGUUAAAAGAGAGAAUUGCGUCCUCUUCUUGGCCCUUUCUCUUUACCAGCUUCAUCUGCUUAGGCAAACUGUCAGCCAGAGCAAAAAUGCUUUAAGGAGAUGAGCAAACACUACAUAAAUGUCCAUUAUGGGGGUGUCCUGGCAACAGCCCAUCAUUUCAUUGACUGCCAAGGUUGCUUUACCCAGUACAGCUGGCUGUGAGGUGUCUAACCUCACCACAUUUGUCCCAAGUCUAAGAGACAACUUUCCAGACGAGGGAAAAGUUGGACCACAAGCCCUUUGAUCAAAGAUUUACCAAUGUAAGCAAUUAGGCAAUGCCUCAAAUUCCAAUUCUUUUCAUUUGAUUCUCAGACCCAGUUCCACCCCCAACUUUUGAAGUCCACCAUGACAGCCCCCUUCCAGAAGUACUGAGAGAGUAGCCAAAGAAUUUCCAAGUUCAGAGUUUAAUGGAAUCCAUCCAAUUCCUGGCAGGCUCUAGCAAGAAAAUGGGAAUUGCAUGUCUCUCUGUCCUACAUAAUCCAGAGGACACAUCAACUUGUCAGUGAAUAGUAACCUGCUGGUUAGGUGACUAGAUACCCUGGGCCAAACUAAGAUGGUUACCACUUAGAACAUGAAAAUGUACUGGUCAUUGAAAUAUUGUGAAAGUGAGCUGACUGCCACUUCUUUUUAACCCAGUCCAUGCAUUUUCCCCAAGUGCAAUUAAUAGGUAUGAUGUGAACUUUUAAGAGAACUCAUGGGGUGCUUUAGAUUGGGGUGACCUACUCCCCAGGGAUUCAGGAAACCAGUAUUUCCUGAAAAAAAAAAAAACCAACAAUAUUUCCUGGCUCCAGCUCUGAGAUGAAGAAUUUUUUUCAAUACUUCUAAAGUGUCAGGGACAUUUCCUUUAAGAAUCUACCCAAGGGUCGGAGAGAUAGUACAGGGUUAAGGUGUUUGUCUUUCAUAUGGCUGAGGAGUGCAAUCCCCAGCCCCCUCCACCUCCCCAAGAAUGACCCCUGCAUGAUGCCAAGUGUUGCCCAACAUCACCACCCCACCCAAAAGAGGGGGUAUAAAACAAAAACCGACCAGUUAGAUGGCAAACAAUGACCCAUAGGCCAAAAUGAGCGCACCGGGGCUGAAGCGAUAGCACAGCAGGUAGGGCAUUUGCUUUGCAUGUAGAGGACCCAGAUUUAAUUUCCAGCAUCUCUUAUGGUCCUCAGAGCACUGCCAG